AUACAAAAGCUGCGCAACGAUAACGAAAGUGUCGUUAACUCCAAUAACGAGUUACAGAGUCGCACCACAGGAAAGCGAAGAGAUUUGAUGUAAAAGCCACGUGACCUUGUCGACGUCCUCUACAGACUUCUAGUUUGUCAUCUAUAUCGUCCGUUAGCUUGAUCUGUCUUAUUUAGACGGUCCUAAAUCAGUGACGGAUUAUCCUCGUCACGCGGGUUUUCAGGUCCUUGAACUCGUUGAGAGAUUUUCAGACAGUUCAAUUGGCGUCAUCGGGAAUUCUCAGAUAUGAUACGAACCACCUCGAGCAUACGUAACGGAUUGGCACGCACGUUGCUUCGUGAUUCCGUGCGAACUAAUUCUGUGAGAUCUAUAAUCGUUGUCCGAUGUCUUCACAGAAAACAUCAACAAAGCUUUCACAGUGCGACCGUUUGCAAUUUAAUCUCGUCAGCAUAGUCAGAAGCUCGAGAGAUUUAUGUAACACAAUAAUUUAUUCUCACAUGGAGCAAUGCACCAACAAAGUAACGCUGCUUUCCUUGGUGCUCAGGCUUCAACACCACAGUACCUUGCGUUUAACAGUAACACCAUGGCAACAGCAAUUCAGGUUUUAUGCGGAUUAUCCCAAUCAUAUCAAAGUGCAGCUUCCAGCAUUGUCUCCCACUAUGGAAACAGGAACAAUAGUUAGUUGGCAAAAGAAAGAAGGUGACAAAUUGAAUGAAGGUGAUCUACUAGCAGAAAUUGAAACUGACAAAGCUACAAUGGGGUUUGAAACACCAGAAGAAGGAUAUUUGGCUAAGAUUGUAGUACCAGCAGGAACAAAGAAUGUACCUAUAGGCAAACUGGUUUGCAUCAUCGUAGAAGAACAGGCUAGUGUAGCUGCAUUUAAAGAUUUUAAAGAUGAUGGGUUAGAUGUCGCACCUGCAGCUCCUGCUCCUCCACCAGUAGCACCUGUUUCAGCAAAACCACCACCAAUACCUGCAGCACAACCAGCACCAGUUACAGCAGCAGCAGCAGCACCACCACCUUCUGUUUCUACAAUUUCUGGAGAAAGAAUAUAUGCUAGUCCUCUAGCAAGAAAACUAGCAUCUGAGAAAGGAGUUAAUUUACAAGGUCUGACAGGAACAGGAUUGUAUGGUUCUAUAACAUCUAAAGAUCUGCAGCAAGCUGUGCCUGCUGCAGGGCCAGCAGUAACGACUGGUGUACCAGCUGGAGUAGACAUUCCUGUAUCGAGUAUACGUGCAGUUAUCGCUAAACGUUUGCUGGAAAGCAAGCAGACAAUUCCACAUUAUUAUCUUUCAUUAGACAUAAAAAUGGAUGCUGUGAUGGCAAUGCGAGAACAAUUCAAUAAAAUAUUAGAAAAAGAGAAAAUAAAGUUGAGUGUAAAUGACAUAAUCAUCAAAGCAAUUGCUAUGGCUUGUAAAAAAGUACCAGAGGGUAAUAGUGCCUGGUUAGGAAAUAUGAUCAGACAGUAUAAUAAUGUGGAUGUUAGUGUAGCAGUAAGUACAGAUAUUGGUCUGAUUACUCCCAUAGUGUUUAGUGCUGACACAAAAGGUUUAGUCCAAAUUAGUAAAGAUAUGAGAGUGCUAGCUACAAAGGCGAGAGAAGGAAAAUUACAGCUGCAGGAAUUCCAAGGAGGAACAAUUACUCUGUCUAACUUGGGCAUGUUUGGAAUCAAAAAUUUUUCUGCUAUAAUAAAUCCACCACAAUCCAUUAUUCUUGCUGUAGGUACUACAGAACUCAGAUUGGUACCUGCCAAAAAUGAGAAAGGAUUUUCAACCGUCCAAUACAUGUCUGUAACUGCCAGUUGCGACCACCGUACCGUAGAUGGUGCAAUAGGUGCACAAUGGUUAUCUGCCUUCAAAAAUUUCAUGGAAAAUCCAACGACAAUGCUUCUGUAG